UUGAUAGAUAUCAAUUGCUAUGAAGUUUUAUGAGGGAUCGGUUGGAGACAAAAUGGCUCGUCUUAAAGGAAGCAAGCUUCCAUUGCCUGAUGUUUUGCAGUAUGGGAUUGACUUGGCUCAGGGAGUUCUAGAAUUGCAUUCGAAAGGGACACUUAUUUUAAAUCUUAAGCCCUUCAACUUCCUUCUUAAUGAGAACAACCAAGCAAUGCUGGGUGAUUUUGGGAUUCCUUAUCUACUGCUUGGGAUUCCAUUGCCAAGUUCAGAUAUGGCUUUGAGACUUGGAACGCCCAAUUACAUGGCUCCAGAACAAUGACAACCAGAAGUAAGAGGUCCACUAUCGAUUGAGACUGAUUCAUGGGGGUUUGGAUGCAGCAUCGUGGAGAUGUUGACUGGAACUCAACCCUGGUGUGGGAGAUCAGUGGAGGAAAUUUAUAACUUAGUUGUGUCCAAGCAAGAGAAGCCACAGAUUCCAAGUGGCUUGCCUCCUGCCAUUGUGAAUGUGAUCAGUGGUUGUUUUGAGUAUGACUUCCGGAAUCGCCCUUUAAUGGUAGACAUCUUACAUGCAUU